AGGUGGAUGGCGGACGAGGGCAUACGGGACAUGAGAGCGCCCGCGGGUGGCCAGAGAUAGCGGAUGGACGACGCAGAGAGGGACGACAUUCAGGACGCCCUCGAUGAGGAGGAGGGCUACGAGGGUGGGACCAGGGAGGGGGCGGUUGCAGACGAGGAAGACGAGGCAGUCAGAGAGCCUAACCUGCCAGGGGAGGAGGUGGUGAUGACGUCGAGAGGCGUCAGUCGAGCGAGUCCUGCUACUAGGGCGCCGCGACCUGAGGUGGAGCGUGCGAGGAGGGAGAAGAGGACAAUGGGGCAGGCUGGAGUCGAGGUGCCAGACACGGGCAGGGAGAAGAAGGCUCGGCAGACCACGAUUGACGAGAUGUACGCCAGGGAGAAGUUGGCCGAGUUCACAGAUGCAUGGCUUCAGUGGAUCUACGUGAAGAAGUUGCCAUUUAACGUCUUCCGUGGUCCGGAGUUCCAGAGGGUGCGGCAGGCAGCAGAGAGAGUGCCUCGCUCUAUCCAGUUCCGGUUUCCCUCCUACAGGGUUACAUUGGGAAUCGGUAUCCCUUCGCAGAGGGCAAAGGUGGCGACGAUGGUGAGCAAGGUGCGCGCCACUUUCCGGCACAGCGGUGCCACUAUCCUUUCCGAAGGGAGGAAGUCGCGCAGCGGCCGACGAGAUGCGUUGGAGAGCAUGUUGCACGGGGAUGCUUGGGCACGCAUCCCGUGGGAUCACGCCCACGUAUCUCAGGCGCAGUGGGUGCAGCAGGAGAUCCGGGACGGGGAGUUUUGGCAGCGUGUCCAGUACGCCAUCCUAGUCAUGUCGCCCGUCCACCAACUGUUGUGCAAGAUGGAUAGAAGUGGGAUGAUGAUGUCCGUCGUUUACGAAGGGAGUCAGCAUCUGUUGCAGUUGAUGAGGAGGGUGGACGUGCCGGAGGACAUGAUCGAGCCAUGCAUGCACCGGCGGCGAUCCGGUCGGCUUAUUGUACAGGAGCGUGAGGGACCCGAUGAGGGCGUUCCACUCGAGACUGAGCGAUGUGCAGCGUGGUGGUUUGAGCAUGGACGUGCCCACCCGGAGUUGCGCACCAUCGCCAUCCGUGUCAUGCACUUGUGGACGUCUGCCUCUCCAGAGGAGAGGAACUGGGCGGAGCACGAGCGCGUCAGCACGGCGAGGCGCUGCAAGCUUGGGUUAGCCAAGCUUGCACAGCUGGUUGAGAUGGCCACCAAUCUCAAACUGGCCUCGUGCGCACGGCAGGGUGGUGGCUACGUGUUGCCAUGGGUUAUGGGGACCGGUCGGGGGGGGACGGCGGCAGAGGAGGAGGAUGAGGAGGGAGAUGUGGAGCCCGAGGUGUGGGGAGCGCGACCUGAUGGCAGUGUUUUCGAGCAGGAGAUCCAGCGGCAGAUUGUCGCUUUCCGUGACAGCCGACCGUCCAGAGCCCGUUCGGUUCAGGACGUGUUCGGCAGCAGAGCGACGGAGCUGCGACCGUGGCCGGAGGUUGGGGAUGAUGUGGACGUUGCUGCGGCAGACGGCGACAUCGACGACGACUGGACUAAUGAUGAUGACACGCCGCUGAGUCGCGACCAGACGGCUGAGCGAGUGUACUUCACUUACGGUGGGGGUCGUGACGGAAUGGAUUCAUUCACAUCAGUUAUCACUGGUGAUGUGUCGUUGACCGCGCAGGCUAGUGGCAGCAGCAGAGCCGGCGGUGGUCGUGGAGGACGUUCGCAUGCGGAGGUUCACGUGGACGACUCGGGGGAGCAGCAGCCACGGGGAGGUCUUCGGCAUACAGGCAGGCGUUGGGAGGUUAGGAGCGAUAACGAGGUCGAGGAUGAGGAGGUGCCCCUUCCCGAUCGUCGCUUCUCUCCCUCCCAUCAUCCGAUCUCUUCACAACCCGAGGCACUUAGGCGUUCGGAGAGGUUGGCGUCGGCAGCAGGCAGAGACCGGAUACAUGACGGCGAGGAUCGUGGGGGGGAGAGGACUCCUUCAACGCCGGGGGAGUUCGAUUAUGAGGGGCAGGAUGCCGCCGCGGGUGGUGGGUCAGGUGGUGGACGACGCGGCGACGAGGAGACCGCGGGUGUCCCUGAGGGGCAGGAUGUUGUCAUGAGCGGUGGGUCCACUAGUGGGGGCCGUGGCGAAAGCGAGACCGCGGGUGAUGAGGGACAGGGUGCCGCAGUGUGUGGUAGAGGAGAGGGUGGACCCGGUGGAGAUGGGGAUACCGCGGGUAUCGGUGGAGACGAUGGACCGGACGGCGACGAUGACGACGACCACGGUCUCGAGGACGAUCCGUAUAGGCUCGCCUUGGUGUUGAGGGACCCCACAGUGCCUCCCUUGCGCCCCGAGGACACAGCGCACACUUUCUUCGACGUCGACGCUUUGGCGCACGCGUUGACGGAUGACCGUUUCACACACGUGAGCCACAAGAGCGGCAAGCAGCGGGCCCCUGAGAGGGUAUAUUCACCGCCGCCGUUCACAGUGCAGAGCCCUCACUCGUCGGGUUCGACGCUCAGCGGCGUGAGAGGGAGGGACUCCGGUGCGGGUAAGGUGGGGUUCGGCAGACGCAGCGACGGUGAUAGAGAUAGUGCAGGAUCCAUGCCUCCACCGCCCGCACGGACUCCGGAGGCCAGGGUCGACACCGGGGACGGGACGGCGGCACCCGGAGUUGGGCACAGUGGCGGUUCCCCACCAACAGUCCGAGGUGGUGUGGGUGGCGAAUGGUCAGCUGUUCGUCGGGUCGGGGACCGGUUCGGGCGGAUUACGACGCCGGGAGGGGCGUCUUCACGGGACGUACGACUGUUCAGACGCAGGCUGCGGAGGGGGUUGCCGCUGGGCAGGCAGCAUUGGACGCGAUUUAGAGGGAGAGAGGGGGGGAUUGCUGCACAGGCGGAGGAGGACGAGGACGCAGACACUGAGUCCGAGCCGAUCGAGACUGCGGCCCGCAGACACAGGGCACAGGUGGCCGCGGCGGCCGCUGCAGCACAUGCGGCAUACGUCAGCGGGGCACGAGGCACAGGUGUCGGAGGGAGAGGAGGGCGCCGGGGAGGACCGCAUGGCCGCCCGUCCUCCGAGAGAGGCCGCGCGCGCUCUGGUGGGAGAUGACGACGUCCGUGGUGGUUUUUUUUUUUCAUUAGUUUUUUUUUUUUUUUUCCGCUUGCCUGUACAGCUUGGACGUUCUGUCGGCAGGGUUGUUGCAUAUUUAUGUCGAUGUUGUUCCAUGGAGACGACGACAGUAUGUGGACAUUAGGUUUUUUUUUUUUUCUUUUGCUACUCGGUUGUACAGUAGAGACGACGCUCGUCGACGAGUCCAAUUUUUUUUUGCUAUUCUGUUGUGUAGCAGAGACGAUGGGUCCAGUUUUUUUUUGCUAUUCGGUUGUACAGUAGAGACUACGGGUCUAGUUUUUGGCUUCAGCCUUGUACAUACGCAUUUCCAUUGAAAUGCUUUGUCAUAUAUUUGCUCUUGUUCUUGUUCCUCCGCCAACAUUGGUCUUGCAUCUGAGUCGUUGUUGUUUGGUGAUUGUUUUUUGCUCUGUUGUCGUGAUUGUUGCAAAUUAUGUGCUUCUCCGAUGCCACGCACCUGCAUGUCAUGGAUGCCUCCACUGUGAAUGUGCUGUUAAUUUCAGAUGUGACACAGGGAUGAUGUGCUAAUGAAUGCGUUCUUACAUAAACGAUGUUUUAAUGAAUGUCCAUCAGUCUC